UGAAAAAGUUAAUUUUGUUAGCUAUUUUGUGUUGUUAUAUUUUUCCUUUAAUUAACAAACACCAAUAAUUAAUACCUAAUUUUAUCAUACGCCUUCCUGAAUAAUUAGCUAAUCUUAUUAGUUAAAAAAGUUAAAAUUUAAACAUAAAAACUAAAAGCGAACUACACCAAGAAUAUUUCGGCAUAUAUAUAUUUUUAUCCCUCUUAUUUCAUAGCACGUUAAAAAUCAAAAUUCAAAAAAAAAAAAAACAAAAAAAAACUAAUACGUCGGUUACCAAACCGCCUUCUAUGUAAUGUGGGGGUCUUUAAGCUUUGAGAGUUCAAAAUGUUGGGAAAUGAAAUGACCAAUUGGUGCAACUAGAAAGGCGCGGAAAGUCCUCUUGUCUUAAAUUCUCCUUUCACCUUUGGCGUAUAGGGUAAGAUUCUAAGAGUAUAUCAAUGGAGUCAAACUGAAAACCCUUGAUUGUUACUCACAAUUUCAAUGGGGAGGAAGAGAGGAAGAGUACCCAAUGUGUUAUGGACUCCAUUCAAGAACAAAGCUGCUACACUUUCUAAAACUAUCAUUUCUUUGAUUCCCAGAAACUGUAAUUGCAGUUCAAAUGGUAAAUGUCUUCGUUGUGUUUUUGGUAAUGGAGAUGAAGCUGCAAUGGCGUUUCUUAUUAGACCAAAUGAUCCUUCUGAUUUUCUCCUUUUUAUGAACACUUGUUUUGUUGUAAUCCCUGAUGAUGCUCCUCCAUUUUCCCCUCUUCUCGGCUUCACUCGCCAUUGGUCUCAAAUCCAGAUUGUUGAGAGGAGCAUUCUAGCAUCUUUUGAUAAGGAGAUGGAAUCGUCAAAUGUUAUAUGCCAUGGUUAUCAGAAGUUUAAAUUAAACAGCAUCAUUGUAAAGCUUCUAACCAGUUGGACAUGGGAACUGGCCUUAGAAAGGGUUGGGGAUAGUGUCAUGAGUUAUCUACUCAUGCACGCGCUGAUAUUCUUGCCUAUCAAAUGCAAUGCACACCAGCAAGUAGCUGGUCCUCUUGUCAAUCGGCUCUUUGGAAAGUUUUCUGUUCUCACAUCCAUGACAUCUUUACAUCAUCCAGGCAAGCAAUUUACCAGGAAAAUAAAGAGAUGGAAAGGCGUUGAAGAGAUCUCAAACUCCAGAGAAUCUGGCAGCCAGGCCCCUUUCGGCCAGAAUCUUUUUCUUGGUCCAGUUGGCUCAAGAAAUGUUGAUUAUCUUAGCCCAUACUGUCCUGAAGCAAGCCUUCUGAAUCCUGAGAAUAGUUGCAACAGAAUGCUAGAAGAUCAACCAAUUAAGGAGUUGAGACUAAUCUCAGGGAAGGGCUUGAGAUUGCCAAGUUGGCAGCGCCGAAAGAGACGCAAAAGGCUGAUGUUACAAGGCUCCAGUAUUCAGGAUCAAUCUAAGAUAGUAUUUGAUGAGAAUGAUGAUUUAAGCAUGGUUAGUCAGAAUGGUUUGGUCACCAGUGAUAGGCACAGUCAUAUGGUGUCUACUUCGGUAACUAAUCAAGCUGGUGCUUAUAUUAAAUCUGAACAAACGAUGCAGUUGUGCCUCUGUUGCUCAGUUUUCCAAUCCUUGUCCAGAGUCUCUAAAAAUACUUUAGUAAAUAGGAAACUAAUGUUCUACAAUUUGAAGUCGCCUUCAACUUGUUUUCUGGACAAGCAUUUCAUUCGCCACUUAAAAUCUGGCUUUGAUGGUGCGCGUGUUCUAUUCUUGCACAUUUUUGGAUUGACAAAUAUGUGUCCAAGAACUUUGCCAGUAUCCUGCAUCCACAAACGUGGGAUGUGCUCACAUGGGUCUUCUUGCCUAUACCACUCUCUCCUUAAGUUGCUUCGGGUCUUUCUCAACAAAGCUAAGAAAUGUCAACAUAUGAGUUUUUUGGAGAAGUACUGCCCUACCAAACCCCUGUUCGACAAGGAUACAACUAGAGAUGUUGAUUCUAGUCUCCAGGCUAGUAAAUUGGAAUCAGAGUUGUCAAGCUCAAAACAAGACAUGAAUAAGGAAUUUGAUCAGAUGCCCGAGAGUAGUACCCUUACAAAAACAAGGGAUUGCAAGACAACGACUGAAAUUCUUCAGCAUCAAUUUGGUUUCAGCCAGCCAUAUUGCUUAAAGCAUGAAGUUGUAUCGUUUGUUUGGGUGGUGUGCCGAAAUAUAGUCCCACCUGAUCUUUUAGGAUCGUCCUCGAGCCAAAGAGCUUUGAGGAGAAAUAUCUCUAGAUUCAUUCGGUUACGGCUAUUUGAAAAAUUUUCUUUGCAGCAAUGUUUGCAUAAAUUAAAAAUUUCUAAGUUCCCUCUUUUAACAAAUAUGGAGUCUUUCACCUGUUUUGAUGCUCUUGCUUCUAAGCCUCAGACUAAGCAGAUCCCUGAACUGUUGCAAUAUUCACAGAACCUUCAUUUUAACUUAAGACAAACACUUCUGGAACGAUGGAUCUUUUGGUUCUUUUCUCAUAUCGUGGUUCCCUUAUUACAGGCCAAUUUUUACAUAACGGAAAGUGAGCAUGGUAAGCAGAACGUAUAUUUUUAUAGAAAAUCAGUUUGGGAGAAGCUCAGUGACAGAGUAACUACAUGUCUAAAGAAUCAGAGUUAUCAGUCCUUGGAUAAUGCAGCUGUAGCAGAAAUUUUGAGCAAGAGGUCCUUUGGUUUUUCAAAAGUUAGGCUGUGCCCAAAAGAAAAUGGGGCCAGGCCAAUAGCGAACUUAAAGAAAACAUCCAAAUUUCAUUUUAAAAGAUCACUUAUUCAUGCCCUAUUCUGCAGAAAGAAGACGAAGAAAAAAACUCACAAGAGAUAUGCAUCUUUUUUUAAGUCUGUAAAUACUGUUCUACGGGAUUUGCAUGUUAUAUUCAAAGAUUUGAAGGUAAGGGAACCAGAAAGGUGGGGGUCAACAGUUUUUUCUUAUGGUGACGUUCAAAGAAAAUUAGGGUCAUUUCUGAGGCUUCUGAAGGAAAGACACCCUGACCCAGCUAUGCGUAAAGUAUACAUUGUAGUUUCAGAUGUACAGAAAGCAUUUGAUACUGUCAAACAGGAUAAGCUUCUUUCCAUAAUUGAUGAAAUACAGAUGGCAGACAAAUAUACCUUACAGAAGUUCUCUGAGAUUGUUUUUAAAAAGAAAUUGUUGUGCACUUCUGAGAAUAUGAAAUUGAUGAUUCAAAGUAACAUUAAUGGAGUAGAAGAUGUUCCUCCUGUUCGUGAGAGGAUUCUCCAUGCAGUUGUUUUCAGUCAGGAGCAAAUCAUAACUGUAAGGUGGGAAAAACUCAAGUCAAAUUUGGAGGAGCAUCUAAAGAACAAUGUGCUCAAAUUAGGUCAAUGUUUCUUCUUGCAAACUGUUGGAAUACCUCAAGGAAGUGUUUUGUCAACUUUGCUUUGUACAUUGUAUUAUGGGUAUAUGGAAAGGAAAGUUAUCUUUCCUUAUCUUGCAAAUAGGGCUCAUGACUUAAUUCAAGAUGAGUAUGGUAGUACUGCUUUUGAAGCUACCUCGAACUUAUCAUUUUCGUCUCCUAAGUAUCUCUUGCUUAGGUUUGUUGAUGACUUUUUGUUUAUGUCGACAUCGAAAAAGCAGGCUACUAGAUUCUACUCCAGAUUGCGAAGAGGAUUUAGAGAAUAUAACUGCUACAUGAAUGAGGACAAAUUCUGCACAAACUUUCAUUUUGGUGAUAUGUGUAAUCUUGAUUCAAAGAGAUUGUUAGUAGGAAGUGAUGGUGUCUCCUUUAUACGCUGGAGUGGCUUGCUUAUCAAUAGUUGCAGCUUAGAGGUUCAAGCAGAUUAUACUAGGUACCUCAAUAAUCAUUUAAAUUCGACAUUGACUGUGAGCUGCCAGCAAAGACCAGCACACCAAUUGAAGGCCAAGUUGCGUGCUUACAUGCGACCUAAAUGUCACCCUAUCUUCUUCGAUACUGGCAUUAACUCCUCCGAAACCAUUAGGCUGAAUCUGUACCAAGCUUUUGUGCUUUGUGCAAUGAAGUUCCAUUGUUAUGUUCGCCAAUUGUCUUUCUGGUGCAAGAUUCAUCCGACUUCUUGCUUGUCUUGUAUAGAGGGUUCAUUGAGAUACAUGAAUCAACUGAUGAUGGGAAGGAUGUACAAAACUGGUUGUGCAUCUGAUGGUGAUCGCAAACUUGUAGUGACAAAAAAGGAAAUCUUAUGGCUUGGAUUAACAGCAUAUAUCAAGGUGUUGAGCAAGAAAAAGUCAAGACAUAAGGAAUUGCUGCGUCUUUUGAGAACCAAGUUGGCGGCUAUUUCAAGUGUUGGGGGUUCCUAUAAACUGAAGUAUGCUGUUGAGGAUUCUCAUUCCUCCUAUAUGUGGAAAAUAAAGUACUAGUAAGUAGUAAGUAGUAAGGUGAAGUUCCUAAUUUUGUCUUCAGGAAACUGGUAAAUGGAUUUUGUUGUACAUUGCAUGGACUUUGAGUUCAAGUGGAGUAUCCUUAUCAAAUCUAAGCCGUACCAUGAUAGCAACUUACUAGGUGGUUUCUAAUAGAGAAACUGCGCAAAACCAAUUAUUUUCGUCUCCAGGCCUUAGUAAUGUGUUUGUUAUUAGUAUUAAUAUCACACCGGUCUACUUUCGUCCCGAUUUGAAAUUGACCUUGAGUUUGACCGGAAAUUGGUGGGUCAUAACUCAGAAAUUUUCAUCCUUGACUUGAAAAAUUACUCGACUUGGAAUUCCCGAAAAAAACUGGGUCAAACCCGGUAAACUCGACUUCGACCAUUUUGAUUCAUUUUAAGUUACGCGUUUAACAUUUGUAACUCCAUCUUAUCAUUUUUAGCAGACGUACUACAUUUUUAGUCCAUUUAUUUAUUUUUAGUCUAUAUUUAUUUAUUGUAGUCCAAAAAUUAGCAUAUUGGUCUUUCUUUAAAAAAAUUUAUCAUAUAAGAAAUUCUUUUUGGAAAAGAUUUAAUGAUAAGAAAAUAAAUAUCUUAAAGUUGUUGACCUAUUGAGUUUACUCAAAUUGGAUAUAAUUGAUUUGAAAUUAAUGUGGCUUGAAAAUCACUUGACUCGAAACUUGAUCAAUCGAACAUUUUAACAUGUCUACGCUGAAGGGAGAAUAUUUGAUUCCAAUUUGACUACUAAUGGAUUAACGGUAAGGCAUUUGUUUUUGAUGAUGG